AUGGAUUCUUCGUUACAUACAACACUCUCGCCUGAGUAUCUGGCGGCGAAUAUAGGUGGCCGACUAAUCGGUGUUGCGAGUGCUUUCAUUCCUAUCAUCAUCCUGUUUCUAUCCUUACGUUUCUUCUCACGCUAUUUGACCAAAACUCCAUGGGGUCUUGAUGAUACGCUGGCAAUCAUAUCUGGUUUUAUAUUGAUUGGUUUAUCUGCCCUUGCCAUAUGUUUUGUGAAAUUUGGCGGCGUGGGUCGUCACCUCGAUGCUUUGGAAGUACUAGAACCCGAGUUGGUUACGCAGUACUUCAAGUACCUUUUGGUGGUAUCAACCUAUUACUAUAGCAUGGUUGCUCUGCCAAAACUCACAGUUUUGGCACUAUAUGGACGCCUUUGGACUGUGAAUCCAUAUCGCACCAUCAUCUUAAUACUGGCGGCAAUUGUCAUUCUCACGGCUGUUGUGACAGGUGUCAUGUGCUUAAAUUUGUGCCAUCCAUUUGAGUACAAUUGGGACCAAUCUAUCCCUGGAGGCCACUGUAUAAAUAAGCAGGCCUUUUUCACAUUUGCAUCGCUGCCGAACAUUUUGACCGAUCUUGUUAUGAUUGCCCUGCCUUUGCCUGUUGUGUGGAAACUUCACACCUCUACGAAAGUCAAGGUUGGUCUUAUGCUGACUUUCAUGACUGGAACUUUGGGUCUAGUGACUUCGAUAAUGCGAUUCGUCAUAUUCUACCAAGGCAAUGCUGUUACGGAUGGAACUUGGUCUUCGACGGAUCUCAUGAGCUGGAGUGUCGCGGAACCGGAUAUCUACCUCAUCAGCGCGUGUCUGCCCACAUUACGCCCGUUAUUAAAUCGGCUUUUCGGCCAGAACGGGUCUACGACGAAUUCAUCAUCACGGUACGGCAAGAGUUUUAAAGGGACAAAUAAUUCGAUUGCGAAUCCCAAAACGAACUUAUCUACACAGCCUCAGGACAUGGACAAGUAUUCUGAUUCUGCGUUGUAUGGGGACGAAGUUCAGCUUGUGUCCAUAGUGGGGAAGGAGAGAGAUCCGAAUAGGGAUGAGGCCUUUUCACAAGAUCACAUCUAUGUACAAAGGGAGGUGAAUGUGUUAGUCAGUGAAGAAUAG